AUGCUUCCCGCCGAGUGCUCACUCCGACUGGUGACGGAGCUGCGGGGCGCUCUGGACACUUGCGCUGAGCGACAGCAGCAGCUGGACCGGAGGCUGCGCGGCUGUUGGCGGCUCCUGCGGGACUUGCCUGGCCGGUCACUGGUUCGCACCCAGCUGCCAGGAAGCGGCAGGUGGCCCCAGAAGCUUUCACGCUCAAAGAGAAGGGGACCCUGCUUCGACUGCCCGUGGUCUUCCAAAGGGCUGUUUCCAAGAAUUCCCGGCCUGUCCAGCGGCUCAGGGCUCAGCGCAGCCGAGGUGGAGGCGGAAGUGGAGCACCUGUGGAAGGAUUGCUCCCUGCUGAAGCUGUGCAUGCGGAAUGAGCUGGCCGCAGGCCACACACACUGGCUGCAGGAACAUCGCUGUUUGCUCAUACUGGAGGGCUUGCAGUCAGUGGUGGGCCAGUGUCUCCACUGCUUUCAGGAGCUGCAGAAAGUGGUGGCAGAAGAACAGCUGGAGCAUCGUCCCUCUGGGAUGCCCCCUAAGGCCUCACUCCCCUGUGGAGGUGAGGGGGCGGCCAGAAGCCCCCAGCCCCUUCUUUACUCCAGCACCCAGGAGCUGCAGGCGCUGACAGCCCUCAGACUGCGCAUAGCCAUGCUGGACCAGCAGCGCCACCUGCAGAAGGUCCUGAUAGCUGAGCUCCUCCCUCUGUUCCAUUGCUUGUACUACAUCAACCAAUUUGACCCAGCUGGAACCUUCUCCCUAUCAAAAAGCUCCAUUGCUUGUCCUUUUGACUCCAUCAGCCACUCUUUAACCCCUGAGGAGGGUAGGCGAGUGCUGGAACAGGCCCAUGCUCAUGCAGACCAGGAACACCUUACCAAUAACAAUCACCCAGCAGGAGCCGAAGCCGUUCCUGACAGGGACCCCGGGUGGAAUUAUAAUACCCAGAGUUACCCCGACAUCAAAAUAAAACUUAAGAGGCUAGAAAGGGGUCCCCUAACCCCUCAAGCAGAGGCUCUCGCUGUUGCAUUUAAAGCCUACAAUGGCCGAGAUGAUGCAAAGGCUGUAAAAAAGUACCAGUUAUUAGCUCAGGCCAUCAACCCCACCUUGCCACCACGUGUAAGAGGGAAACCUGCAAAGCCUCUGGGACCCUGCUUCCGGUGCAACCAGGGUGGACAUUGGGCCAAAGAAUGCCCAAAUCCCAAACCUCCCACCAGGCUCUGCCCCAAAUGCCUAGCAGGAUAUCUCAGGACCUGGAUCCCAAAUUAUUCCCUUUUAGCAGUACCCCUUUAUGAUGCCUCAUAA